AAAACUCUCUGUGAUGUCAUUCUUAUGGUUCAGGAAAGAAAGAUCCCAGCUCACCGUGUUGUGCUUGCUUCAGCCAGUCACUUCUUUAACUUGAUGUUUACUACAAAUAUGCUUGAAUCAAAGUCCUUCGAAGUGGAGCUAAAAGAUGCAGAACCUGACAUUAUUGAACAGCUUGUGGAGUUUGCUUAUACUGCAAGAAUUUCUGUUAACAGCAACAAUGUACAGUCUUUACUAGAUGCAGCAAACCAAUAUCAAAUUGAACCUGUGAAAAAAAUGUGCGUGGAUUUUUUGAAAGAGCAAGUUGAUGCUUCAAAUUGUCUUGGUAUAAGUGUGUUAGCAGAAUGCUUGGACUGUCCAGAACUGAAAGCCACUGCAGAUGACUUUAUCCAUCAGCAUUUUACUGAAGUUUACAAGACAGAUGAGUUUCUUCAGCUUGAUGUUAAGCGUGUGACGCAUCUUCUGAACCAAGAUACGUUGACUGUGAGGGCAGAAGACCAGGUUUACGACGCAGCAGUCAGAUGGCUGAAGUAUGAUGAGCCGAAUCGCCAGCCAUACAUGGUUGACAUUCUUGCUAAAGUCAGAUUUCCCCUCAUAUCGAAGAACUUCUUAAGUAAAACAGUUCAGGCGGAACCACUUAUUCAGGAUAACCCAGAAUGCCUUAAAAUGGUGAUCAGUGGGAUGCGAUAUCAUCUGCUUUCCCCAGAAGACAGAGAAGAGUUAGUGGAAGGUACACGGCCAAGACGAAAAAAACACGAUUAUCGCAUUGCUUUGUUUGGAGGCUCACAGCCCCAGUCCUGCAGAUAUUUUAAUCCAAAGGAUUACAGCUGGACAGACAUCCGAUGUCCCUUUGAAAAGCGCAGGGAUGCAGCUUGUGUCUUCUGGGACAACGUAGUUUAUAUUUUGGGUGGUUCCCAGCUCUUCCCUAUAAAGCGAAUGGACUGCUACAAUGUGGUGAAGGAUAGCUGGUAUUCCAAGCUAGGACCUCCAACACCUCGAGAUAGCCUUGCAGCCUGUGCUGCUGAGGGCAAAAUUUAUACAUCUGGUGGUUCAGAAGUGGGAAAUUCUGCAUUGUAUUUGUUUGAAUGCUAUGAUACGAGAACAGAAAGCUGGCACACAAAACCCAGCAUGCUGACUCAACGGUGCAGCCAUGGAAUGGUAGAGGCAAAUGGCCUCAUUUAUGUGUGUGGAGGAAGCUUAGGAAACAAUGUUUCUGGAAGAGUCCUAAAUUCCUGUGAAGUUUAUGAUCCAGCCACAGAAACGUGGACUGAGCUCUGUCCAAUGAUUGAAGCCAGGAAGAAUCAUGGACUGGUGUUUGUAAAAGACAAAAUAUUUGCUGUGGGUGGACAAAAUGGCUUAGGUGGCCUUGAUAAUGUAGAAUAUUAUGAUAUCAAGAUGAAUGAAUGGAAGAUGGUAUCUCCAAUGCCAUGGAAGGGUGUAACAGUGAAGUGUGCUGCUGUGGGACCUAUAGUCUAUGUCCUGGCUGGUUUUCAGGGCGUUGGUCGAUUGGGGCACAUUCUUGAAUAUAAUACUGAGACAGACAAGUGGAUAGCCAACUCCAAAGUUCGCGCUUUCCCAGUGACAAGUUGUUUAAUCUGUGUUGUUGACACUUGUGGUGCAAAUGAAGAAACCUUAGAGACCUGAAGACCUGUAAGAGAUACUGAGACAUUCUUCAAGGACUUGGGGAAAGAUGGCCAUGGUGCUUUGCUUCCACAUUUUAUUGAAUCUUGUUAAACUGAGUAAUAGGAAGAAACUGAGGUGCAGUCUUUGAAUUUGUAUAUACAGCGUAUUGUAUAACAUGGAUUUUUGUCAUGCCCAUCUUGUUGUCUGUUUUAAGAGAUGGGGAUGUGUUUUGAGAAUCCACUUACCUAGCUGAGAACAUAUGACAUCUUCCUUUGAAAAGACUGUCUGUGUGGCCUUGUCAAAAACAGACCCAAUCCAAUUAUUUAGAAGAAUUCAAAGCAUUUGAUGAAGAUAAAGAUUUCUGGCUAAAUGAUUCUUUCCAGAGCUCAAUUACAAAGAUUCUUCCUUUAAUGAAGGUGAGUAAAUACAGCCUGGAUCAUGAGAAAGAAGCAGACUUUUCUUAUUUACACAUACCUGUAAAAAUCUUACUAGAAUGCAAUGAAGAUUUUGCUCAGGAAAGACCAAGGACAGCAGUAUAAUGGAUUAAGAUUCCCAUGGAGAAUGGGGAUAGAUGAUACAGCUCCUUUCUUAUAAUAGCUGCCCUAUUUCAGUGACUUUCUUCCAUCACUUGCAUGACCUCAUAUCAGUUUUGAAGUCAGACAGGCCAUAUAUACAUAUAUAUAUAUAUAAAAUAGCAAAACACUUUGCUAAUAACUUCUUUGGCAUUUUGGGGAGCUUUCACAAAAAGACUCCUGAGCUGUCAGAACUAAACUUUCAUUUUUGAUUAUGUUGAGGUGGAGGGGGGGGUGGAGAAGGUCUACAAUAAUUGUGCACUAUAUUAGCGAGUUGGAAAUUUGGGAUUCAUUUUCAGGAUAUCUUCCCAGGCAACCAGACUGUACAUACUGUGGAUGCCAAACCGUUAGCAAAGAUGGGAAUAGGACUGAGAAAGCAAAGUCAAUACAACAAAUGUAUUGAUUUUCUUCUUGAAAAUGACUGUUUUUAGAAUGGUAUGAACCAAGUCAUUAAAGUUAUUUUAUAGAAGUCUUCUAAAGUUGCACAUGGUUAUUAAUCUCUGGUUUAUAAGCAUAUAGUACUGUAAAUGUCUUCAGACAGUCAACAUGGUACUAAAUGUGAUCACAGUCUUUCUUCCAGCAUAGAAGCUCAGGCUUGUCAGGCUAUCCGGUAUCAAUACUGUGUACAUCUUCCUACUUUUGAAAAGCUAUACAAAUUGGUACAUAUAAGUCUGUUCUGCUCCCAUGGUAGGUCAUGAAUGUCUUCAUCCUAAUUUUAUCACCUUUUUUCUAACUUGCUAAUUCCUUCAGAUCUGUUUCUAUGAGACUAUCAAGUUAACUUAAAAAGUUGGUGCUUGCUUAUCUCUAUCUUGUGCAUCGCUGGUGGUGUGGAUUUUUAUUGUUUUAUUUCUGAAGAUGCUCCAAGUUCCCAAAUGGUAUAAUUCCAGUUUUCAAAGUCAGUACUGCUUUGUAAACUAUCUUGUCUCAUACUAACAGCUGCAUGUAUGGUAAACUAAUAGAUGCAUUCGUGGGUUUCAUAGUGUUUCAUGCAACUCAGCUCUAUAUUCAGUAGUAAGUGAAUGCUGUAAAACACUUUUUUCCCCCCCCCUUGCCUUUCCCUUUUUUCUACUGAUUGAGCCAUAAAACAAACUUGUCACUGGUGUUUUGAAUAUUUAUGUUCUAAGAUACUACAAAGACUGGACUGAAUUUUGCACUUUUUAGGUUGUACAGCCUGUUUUUUUUUUGUAUCUGCUUUUAAAAUUGUCAAGCACCUUUUUCUAAAUUUGUUUUCAAGAGGUUAAUAAUUUGCUUAAACUACUGAGAAAUUCAUGAGAAAGACGACUGAAAGGAUUUGAGAGAGCUAGAUUGUCGCGGAACGUGCAGCUAACACCUUCACGUGGGUAUUUUGUUUGAACUACUGUACACUACUUUUUCCGAAGCGCUCUACGCUUUCUUAACAGGGUAGACGGCGCUGUGCUUGCAGCUCAAACUUUGCACAGAGUGGUGAUGCUCUUGCUUAUGUACACCUGGUAACGAUCACUAGUGAUCUUUUUCUUCAUAGAGUUUUAUCAUGCUAUGGGCCCUUGGUCAUAGACUUGGUUCAGUCAGGUUCGUUGUCUGAAUUACUGGGGCAGUAUUUGAAAAUUGUCCACGAUGCAGUACAUUGUUUCUUAGAUCACUUUGUGUAUCAAAGAUGUGUAUUGAUAAAACUAAUGAAGUGACGACUUGGCUCAGUAUACGAAACACUUCUUUGAAGCUUAUGAUGCAAGGUGAAGCGAAAUACCUCAGUGAGGCUUGUGACUCGGUACACUUUGAUCAAUAAAUGACUUUUUUUUUUCUUGGCUA